AUGAACCGUCUCUUCGGGGCAAAGAACACGGCUCCGAAGCCCACCUUGAACAGCGCCAUACAAAAUGUCGACACGAGAAUCGACUCGAUCGACGUCAAGCUCGCCAAAAUCAACGCCGAACUCUCCACAUACCAGCAGAAGCUGUCGAAAAUGCGCGACGGGCCCGGGAAGCAGGCCAUCAAACAAAAAGCCCUCAAGGUCCUCCAGCGGCGCAAAAUGUACGAGUCGCAGCGGGACCAGCUCCAGCAGCAGUCGUGGAACAUGGAACAGGCCGGGGUGAUGCAGGACAACCUGAAGAACGUCAUGACCACCGUGGACGCCAUGAAGACCACCAACAAGGCGCUGAAACAGCAGUACGGCAAGAUCAACAUCGACAAGAUCGAACAGAUGCAGGAUGAAAUGGCGGAUUUGAUGGAGAUCGGCAACGAGAUCAAUGAGAGCAUCAGCCGCGCUUACGAUGUGCCGGAUGAAGUGGACGAGGCCGAGCUCGAUGCUGAGCUCGAGGCGCUGGGCGAGGACAUGAUGUUUGAGCAGGAGAUGGGCAUCGGUGAGAGCACACCGGGUUUCCUGCAGGAUGAAGUCACUCCACAGUUCGUGGAUGAGCCUCCGGAGCAAGCCAAGGUCAAGGAGGCCGCGGGCGGUGUUGGCUAA